AUGGCCUGCCAGCGCACACGCUCUGCCGCCGGGGAUCAUCCUCCACGCAGCUCCGUCAUUGCAGCCUUCUUGCGCAUCUGCCCCGAGCGCCUGGACCUGCUGCAUCCCCAUUUCCGCCGGCUCUGCCUGACGCUCAUCGACGUCGAUGAGUGGGGCCAGGUGUACAUCAUUGACCUGCUGAUGCGCUACUCGCGUGUGUACUUCCCGAAGCCGCACAUGCCGGAGAUGGCCAAGACUCCCCUGGCGAAGCCCAAGCGCGCGGCCACGGCCAACGAUAGCGACGACAGCCAGGAUGAUGAUGCCUCGUCCAGCGAUGACGAUGCCUUUGCCAUGCCGGCUGGCGCGGCCGGCACCGUCGCGGCCAUCGUCGACCCGGAUCUGCGGCUCCUGCUCGACAGCCUCACCCCGCUGUUGAACAGCCGCAACGCCGCCGUCAUCCAAUCGGUGGCUUCCCUGUACCACCAUGUGGCGCCGGAGAAUGAGGUUGGCCGUGCGGCGCGUGCCCUGACCCGCCUGCUGUCCGGCCCGCGGGAGACCCUUUUCAGCAUCCUGCAGACGAUCAAAUCCCUGGCGGCCAUCCGGCCAGAGCCCUUCGAGCCGCACAUCCGGCGAUUCUUUGUUCGCCAUGACGAGCCGCUCUUCAUCCGUCGCUUGCGCCUGGAGGUGCUGGCCUCGGUGACCAGCUCGCGCACCAUCAACAUCGUCUUGCAUGAGCUGCAGCUCAUGGCCCGCGGUCGCGACGCGGCGGUCUUCUUCCCGGAUGUCGUGAAGAAUGUCAUCUCCCAGAACUUCCAGGUCCGCAAGCUGGUGUACAUCUACCUCCUCCGAUACGCCGAGCAGGAGCCCGACCUGGCUCUCCUGUCGGUGAACUCCUUCCAGAAGGACCUCGACGACUCGAACCAUGUCAUCCGCGCGCUGGCCCUGCGUGUUCUGUCCAGUAUCCGGGUCGAGGUCAUCGUGCCGAUCGUCCUGUUGGCCGUCAAGAAACGCAUCACCGACAUGAGCCCGCACGUCCGCAAGGCUGCUGCUCAUGCCCUGCCCAAGCUUUACUCGCUCGAUCCGGGCCAGAAGGAUGAGCUGAUUGAUGUUCUCACUCGCAUGCUGUCAGACCGCUCUACCCAAGUCAUUGCCCAGCCCGAGGGCCGGGCCCGGUCCUUGCGGCAGCUGGCCAAGCUUCUGUACCGCCCGGCGCCGGAAGAUCAGGCCCCCGCGGCUCCGCCCCAGCUGUCGCCCGUCUCUCGGGCGGCGCUGUACUGGCUGAUUGGGACAUUCGCCGAGGAUGUGCCGCGCGUGGCUCCGGAUGUCUUCCGCUGCGCGGUCAUCGCCUUCCCGGCCGAGGACACCGAUGCCCAUGUGCGCCUGCUGACCCUGGUCCUGGGAGCCAAGCUCCUGGCCCGGUGCCACGGCGAUGCCACGGCCACCACGGCGCCGCUCUUCACGCCCAAGGUGUCGUCUCGCAUCCGGGGCCUCUUCGCGCACCUGCUCACCCUGGCCCGGUAUGAUGUGUCGUACGAUGUGCGCGACCGGGCGCGCUUCCUGCAGGCCCUGCUGAAUGCCUGCCCCGUGGACGCGCCGAUGGCCAACGGCGACAAUGGCGAGCAUCCGCUCCAUCUGAAGGUCGACCCGACGGCUCUGCAGCCGGCGGCCGUGCUGGCGCGCAUCAUGCUAGCCGCGCCCGGGGCGACCCGCGCCGGGUCUGGGGCCAGCCCGCUGCCGGGCGAGUCGCCAGACGUCGCGGCCCUGGCCCGGGCCCUGCAGGACGUCUCCCUCAAUGACGAUGGCAGCCUCUCGGCCGAGGUGGCUGCUGCCGGGCUGGUUCUCGGGUCUCUGUCGCGCCUGGUUGGCCACCGCGUGACCGGGUACCUGCCGCUGCCGAACUGGCCGACUUCGCCGCCGCCGCCGUCCUCGGUGCGUGAUGUGCUGGUCCCGACCGGCCCGGCUAUGGGCGGGGAAGUGGUCAACAACCUGACUGGCAUGGGUUCCGGGCCGGUGGGGGCGCGUGGCGGCUCGGGCCUGCGCGCCGGGGCCACUGCCCCGGCUGGUCUCCACCCUGCGGUCAAGGCGGCCGCCCGCAAGGCCCCCAUCCGCCAUGAUCAGUCGGCUCUCGACGCCUUCCUGGCCUCCUCUUCAGAUGAGUAUGACACCGAGGAGGAUGACGAGGAGGAGUCCGAUGGCUAUGAUUCCGAGGAGUCCGAUGGCUAUGAUUCCGAGGAGUCCGAUGGCUAUGAUUCCGAGGAGUCCGAUGGCUAUGAUUCCGAGGAGUCUGAUGGCUACGACUCCGACGAUGAGGAGGACGAGUCCGACGAUGAGGAGGGUGACAACCUCCUGGACUUGAGCGCCCCGGCCGCCGGGGCCAACCAUCGGGACUACUUCGCCAUGUCCAGCGAGGGGGAGUCCGGCUCGGAGUAUGACGACGAGUCCGAUGGCCAGGGCCAUGCCCAGGCGUCGCACUGGGGCAACGGCUCCGACGAGGGCUCCUACGAUGAGGAGGAGUCUGAUGAGGGCUCUUACGAUGAGGAGGAGUCCGACGAGGAGUCUGAGGAGGAGUCCGACGAGGAGGAGGAGUAG